CCCUUCGUUUCCAAAAAUCCCCCCUACAGACAUGAUAAUUACUCAUCUAGGAUCCAUUUUUGCUACUUUCAUGUUCAUCUGGGCAAUAUUCCAGCUAUAUUUCCUCAACCAAUUCCGAACCUCCAUCGAAAAGUACUCCCAGAGAUUGUUAGCUUUGAUUUAUCCCUACAUUCAGAUUACGUUCAACGAAUUCACCGGUGAACGUCUGAUGAGGAGCGAAGCCUAUUCCGCCAUUGAAAACUACCUCACCUCCACUUCCUCUUCCCAAGCCAAGAGACUCAAAGCCGACAUGGUGAAGAACAAUCAGUCUCUCGUUCUCAGUAUGGACGAAAACGAAGAAGUUGCCGAUGAGUUUCAAGGUGUAAAGCUAUGGUGGACUUCCGGUUAACAUAUUGCCAAAGCGCAGUCGUUUUCACUCUAUCCGUUCACGGCCGAUGAGAAAAGGUUUUACAAGCUUACUUUCCAUAAAAGAAACAGGGAUUUAGUCAUCGAACCGUAUCUGAAACAUGUUUUGAAACAAGGGAAGGCGAUCAAGGUGACAAACGGACAGAGGAAGCUUUAUGCGAACAAUGGGUCGAAUUGGAGCCAUGUUGUGUUCGAGCACCCAGCUACGUUUCAGACAUUAGCGAUGGAACCAUACAGGAA